GCUCUGCUCCUCCGGGCCGCUCCGGCCCCCGCCCGCUUCAUGUGUCCCGGCCCGCGGCGGCCGGCGGCUGGGAGCGGCAAGGCGGCGGCCAGCGGCGGCCGGCGAGACCCGGGAGGGGGUGGCCGAGGCCCAGGCGGCGGCGGAGGCCUAGGAGGCGGCGGACGGGAAGCGGUGGGAGCAGGCCCGGCCCGGCCCACGAGCGGUCCCCCGGCUGCAGCAUGCGCGUCCGCCGGGGGCUGCUGCGGCUGCCGCGCCGCUCGCUGAUCGCCGCGCUCUUCUUCUUCUCGCUCUCGUCCUCGCUGCUCUACUUCGUCUAUGUGGCCCCCGGUAUAGUGAACACCUACCUCUUCAUGAUGCAGGCCCAAGGCAUCCUAAUCCGGGACAACAUGCGGACCAUCGGCGCCCAGGUGUACGAGCAGGUGGUUCGCAGCGCUUACGCCAAGAGGAACAGCAGCGCGAAUGACUCAGAUUAUCCUCUGGACUUGAACCACAGUGAAACCUUCCUGCAAACCACAACUUUCCUUCCCGAAGACUUCACCUACUUCGCAAACCACACCUGUCCCGAAAGGCUCCCUUCCAUGAAGGGCCCGGUAGACAUCAACAUGAGUGAAAUUGGAAUGGACACCAUUCACGAAGUCUUCUCCAGGGACCCAGCCAUCAAGCCCGGUGGCCACUGGACGCCUUCCGACUGCGUGCCCCGCUGGAAGGUGGCCAUCCUGAUCCCCUUCCGGAACCGCCACGAGCACCUCCCGGUGCUGCUCAGACACCUGAUCCCCAUGCUCCAGCGCCAGCGCCUGCGGUUCGCGUUUUAUGUCAUUGAGCAAGUUGGCACCCAGCCCUUCAACCGAGCCAUGCUUUUCAAUGUCGGUUUCCGAGAAGCAAUGAAGGACUUGGACUGGGACUGUCUUAUUUUUCACGACGUGGAUCACAUACCAGAAAGUGAUCGUAACUACUAUGGAUGUGGACAGAUGCCAAGGCAUUUUGCAACUAAAUUGGAUAAGUAUAUGUAUCUGCUUCCUUACACUGAGUUCUUUGGCGGAGUGAGCGGCCUAACCGUGGAGCAGUUUCGGAAAAUCAACGGUUUCCCUAACGCUUUCUGGGGCUGGGGUGGAGAAGACGACGACCUGUGGAACAGAGUGCAGAACGCGGGCUACUCCGUGAGCCGGCCGGAGGGCGACACGGGGAAGUACAAGUCCAUCCCUCAUCACCAUCGAGGAGAAGUCCAGUUCCUCGGGAGGUAUGCUCUGCUGAGGAAGUCCAAAGAGCGGCAAGGGCUGGACGGCCUCAACAACUUGAACUACUUCGCAAACGUCACUUACGACGCCUUGUACAAGAACAUUACCGUCAACUUGACACCCGAGCUGGCUCAGGUGACCGAGUACUGAGAGGAGGGGGGAGGAGCUGUGUCUGCUCCGCUCACCACCACGCCCACCCCCACGGAGAGCGCCGCCGCCCGACCGCCCUCUCGUCCCGGCCUCCCCCGGCAGGGAAGCAGGGCCACGGCGUACAGCGUCCGACAGACUCGGAGGGUCGCAGAGCCGCAGGGAGCAGCGAGCACGGAGCACAUGCGCACCCGCCCCCCCCCAGCCAUUCGGACCCGUCGAGACCGGGGGAGCGGGCGCUGCUUUCAUGGGGACUGGCUUCCUCUUCUCCCCAGACGGAUGUCUGUCCUGCUGCUCUUCUCCCCGGUCUCCUGCCCGACGCCCCGUCUCAGCCCCCGUCUCGGGUCCGGAGCCCGCCCCUGCGGUGGCCUCGGGAGCUUCUCGGCUUUCGGAGCAGAGAGGCAACCCCACCACCGGGCAGCUGUGUUCUCCGAAGAGAAAUGAAACUCCACACACCAUGCUCCAUCUCUGGUGUUCUCUUCAGUUUCAUUUUUUUAAAAAAAAAAUUACCUGCUUUGGGUGGGGGUCGAGGGUGGAGGGGAGGGACUGGGGAAGAUAAAUAGACAUGUAACAAUCACUUCUUGAAGAAGUAUAAUUAAUUGUAAAUAAGCCAUGUAAAAUGCCUUUUUUAAAUUUAAUUUUAUAGCUGGCUUCAAUUCAAACUGAGGAUUUAUAUUAUUAGAUCACUUACUUGGUUGGCGAAUGCAGGAUCUCGGUUAAGAUGCAGUGGAAGAAUACAUCUCCCCAACCGCUGUCACCUUGGAAGGGAGUGGACUUAGGGCCUGUCGCAAGAGAACAAAGCAGUCCAGUCUCGGUCACUGGUAGCUGACCUCUGCCACCAUCCGCCCCCUCUUCCAAGGUCUCGCUCUUGACUUUUGCUCUGAGUUCCCUCCCCUGUCGGGCACGGACGUCUCUUCACACUCUGCUGGGAGACAGGAGGCUGCCCUUCUGCCACGAGCUGCUCCCAGCAGACCCCGGGGGAGGGCCACCGGCACGCACUCCCGGGGACCCUGGCCUUUUCCUUCAUCCUCCUGUCUCUGGAAAGGGGAAGGAUGAGUGGUGUCUUUCCUUCUCUCUCUCUCCCUCUCUCUCUCAUUUUUUUUUCUCCUGUGGAACAUGGUCACAAUUUCCGGAAUCUGUGCCUAAAUUACCAACUAGCUUCAGUGAUUCCUCUUGAGUAUUUCCUUUUCGGUUUCCGGCAUUAUUAACCAGUCCACGGAACUAACAGGCGAUCAAACCGUGAGAAGCUCGAGCAGAUGCCGCCUGUGUGCUGUGGGUCAGCCAGGGUCCAGGUUAGACCAGGUCAGAGCUUGGAAAUGAGACCGACAAAGGUCCAGGGGGCCGGGGCCCACGCGCCCUGUUGGCUGCCCGUGUGCUUUCGGAAGUCAGAUUCUAAACUGCACUUGAAUUUGUGCCUCUCGCUUUUUCCCCUGAGCCAAACCCCUCGAUUCAGAGUCCCUGUGGACUUCUGCAGAAUUGUGAAAAAUGCCAGUGUUUUUCCCCUCCUUUUCCAUAAAACGUAUUUAUAGAUCAUGAUUGGGAGUGCUUUCUGCAGAGUACUUCAUAUUUUUUUUAAUUGCCUUGUUUGCCUUCAACUUCCUUAAUUUUCAUGGUUUACAUGGAUGUGCGUGUAGGGGUAUAUUUGUGUAUACACGUGUGGGUUGGUUUUUUUCCGAUGCAUGUUGUUGGUCCCAUGGACAUAUGAUCCCCACCAGCUGUGGGAGUGAUUGGCCAGGCCUCGUUUUUGUUCAUGUUUUUGUUCUUUUGAAGAAUAGAGUGGUAUUUAGAAAAUCAGUUUGCAUUGCAAAGCUCUUAUCAGCUCGUAUGAGAGAGCAAGCCGCUGCCCUUGAAAACGCUGAUGAGUUGCAUUAUAUGUUUUAAAAGAUUUUGAGAAUUUUGUGCUUUAAAAGACCUUCAGGAGGGAACAUUGACCCAGAAGUCCGUCUGGUUUUCCUUUGAUGUAUGAUGCACACAGCAAUAAAGAUUGCUUCCCCCCUCGCUCCCUUAGGCACCCUCAGACCUCCGUGGCGGCCCUGGCGCUUCCCACCCUCCUCCUCCUCCUCUGCCGCCUCCGCCUCCCCUCGUUCCUCGCUGAAGGCUGAGCCGCUUUCAGUGAGACAAAACUAGGAUGCCAUCGGGAAGAACUGGCCAGGACAGACUGCAUGGUGCUUGGCAGGCGUUGUAUAGUGAUCUUCCUUGAAGCUGUUUCAUCAGCCCGUUCCCCUCCAAGAACCAGAUGUUGGCCAAAGGUGACACCUGCUGAGUUGAGGACGGAAAGGAAAGGUCUCGGAAGUCAGGCCACUUAAAUGAUCUUGCAGCCACGGGCAGGUCCGUGUCACUAGUGUGAAGUCUCUCACUGCGCGCUGGGCGUCGCUCACCCGCCCAGCGGAGCGCGGAGUGGGCGGCUGAACCGGGGACGCAUACAGCCGGGCCCGGUGCUGUUCACGGUGUGAAAUUCUCAUGUUAAAAAUGAAGAAGAACAAUAAGAACCAAAUGUGACCUUGUGCAUAUUUUGGCAGCUGAAAUUCUAUAAGGCUACUGAUGGGUGUGCCCCGCCCCCACCCCCCAAAUUGUUCUUGUCUUUGAUCAUUGCUGGACAAGGGAAGGUUUCUCCUUUCACACUGUUUUUGUUGUUGUUGUUGUUGUUGUUGUUUUUGGAGGGGGGAAGUUAUUUGCAAAAAUAUUCCUUUUGACAUCACAGGGACGCUUAGUAGAGCUUCUCCACCACAGACAUUAAUAGCUGAGCAGCAGCCACAUGGAUGAUUGUAUCCACUUACCGUUGACGAUGACAUGGAACGUAGCUCAUUUCCAUCACUGCGUUUUGUUUUGUUUUGUUGAGCUUGCUCUUAUGUUUUAAGAGGUGCCAGGGGUACAUUUUUGCACUGAAAUCUAAAGAUGUUUUAAAAAAAAAAACACUUUUCAAAAAGAUAGUCCUUUGUCAUUACAUUAUUUACUCAUGUGUUUGUACAUUUUUGUAUGUUAAUUUAUGAAUGAUUUUUUCAGUAAAAAAUACAUAUUCGAGAACCAAA